CAGUAACCAAAAGGGAAAAGCAAGCAAGAGAGAGAUCUUCUUUUUCUUUAUUUCCCGCGCUUUAAAUCCAACUUUUUUGUUGUUUUUGUACUUUAGCUUAGCCCACCUCUAUCUCCGGCUCCAAUCUGUGAGUCAAAAUUUUGUGUCUACUUUUCUUUCUUAUCAGAUAGCGCAAUCACUUGUUGCAAUCCCCAGAACCUUUUCUUUCUUUAAUUUUCUCUAACAAAAGAUCACUCGAAGAAUUUCUUGCCCAAAACCCCAUCCACAGUCUUCAACUCUUCAUUUAAUUUCCUUCUAAAAUUAUGGAGACAAUUAAAUGUAGAUCACUCACAAACAACAAGAGCAAGAUAGCAAGAACAAUCCAAAAGGUUAUCAACCUCAAGACUGCAACAAGAAUUGCUUCAAAUAAUGGGAUUGGCAUUUGCUUGCUAACACCACACAACAAAUUUGAUCAAGAUGAUUUAAACACCACCUGCAAAUCUCAAAACAGUACCGAUAAUCACAAGCAGAAAGAUGCUAAGGCCAAGCGCAGAGCAAUCUUGGAGGCAUUGGUGGCAAAGCUAUUUGCAAGCAUUACUACGAUUAAAGCAGCUUAUGCAGAGCUACAAAUGGCUCAAAACCCUUAUUGUGGUGAUGCUAUACAAGCUGCAGAUCAGGCUGUUGUUGAUGAGUUGAAACAAUUGUCAGAACUUAAGCGUAGUUUUUUCAAGAAUGAGCUUCACCUUUCACCACAGGUGACCAUGAUGCUGGCAGAGAUUCAAGAACAACAGAGCUUAAUGAAGACCUAUGAGAUCACAAUCAAGAAACUGGAAACAGAUGUUGAGGUUAAAGGUUCAGACAUUGGUUCACUCAAGAAACAGCUUGACGAGGCUAUUGCAUUUAACAAGUCAAUUGAGAAGAGACUAAAUGCAAGUGGGCCUCUAUCAAUGUUUGACAACAUUCAGUUUUCACUCCUAAACCCAACUCAUUUUGCUCAACUCUUGCAUUAUACUUUAAGAUCUAUGAAGAGUUUUGUGAAAUUAAUGGUUCGAGAAAUGGAGGUAGCCCACUGGGAUAUUGAAGCAGCUGCAAAAGCAAUUGAACCAGAGAACAUUGUGUUUUCAAAGCCAAGCCACAGGUGCUUUGUCUUCGAAUCUUUUGUGUGCAAAACGAUGCUUGAAGGUUUCAAUCAUCCAAACGAAGAGCAUCAGAGUGAAUACUACUACUUCAUUGAAUUCAAGAAGAUCAAAUCUGUAAACCCAAAACAGUUCUUGACUCAUAAUCCAGACUCAUCAUUUGCAAGAUUCACAAGGGCUAAGUAUCUUCAACUUGUCCAUGCAAAAUUGGAGUGCUCUCUGUUUGGGAAUUUAAACCAGAGAAAGCUAGUGAAUUCUGGUGGAUUCCCAGAUUCUGCUUUCUUUAAUGCAUUUGUUGAGAUGGCUAGAAGGGUAUGGGCCUUGAAUCUCUUAGCUUUCUCAUUUGGCGAAGAUGUCAGUAUUUUUCAAGUAAGCAAGAAUUGCAGAUUCUCUGAUGUCUACAUGGAGGCUGUAACACAAGACUCAGAAUUAGAAAAUCCCAAUUCUGAUACUGAUCUCCGGGUGGCUUUCACAGUGGUUCCUGGAUUCAAGAUAGGCAAAACUGUGAUACAGAGUCAAGUGUACUUGUCUCCGGUCAAGAUUUUUUAAGCGAAAAUGCAUUGCAUCGUGACUGAAGAACAUGUGCUCUUGGUUAUGGGAUCAUAGACUCAUAGCAUGGAGAAUCUGGCAAGAAUGGUGGUGUUUGCUAGCUGUUGGGUUACGAUUAGCUUCCUUUGCGGUGCUUUCUGGUAGGGCCAAGCACUGCCAAGCAUCAGGUUACAGCCAUAAAAUGCCAUAUUCUUUUAGCGAGGUGGGCUAAGAGCCUCAGGCCGUAGAUAGAAAUUCUGAGCGGUGAGAAUGGUUCACGAGUUGUGUGUAUAACAUUGCGUGCAUCUGUUUGUCUGCUAGCUAACUUGCAGUCCCUUUCUUCUCGUGACCAGAAGCUAAAUGACAACUCUAAUUGUGGUUAACCAUAUCUAUAGCCCAUCUUCUUGUUUCCUGCAUUGAACUUGAACCCCUAUGGUCCCAUGUAUAUUUAGAUUUACUAAAAAUGAAGAAGAUUUUGGAACUGGAAGCUGUCUCCUAUUAAGAGGGUGCAAUAACCCACGUGGGAGAUAUAAUGAACGAUGUAGAGUUGAAUGAAUGAAUGAAUGAAUGAGACAGGCUCCAACACUUCAAUGCCGAA